GUUCAAUGUACUGCAAUUGAAGCGUAAUUUACUUCAGUGGUUCUUAGUAUAAAGGUUGCCGUAACCGGUAUGGUUUAGAAUACAUUUAAUAAAAAAAUCAGUGCGAAUUAUCGUGAACGCACAGAUAGAGAAAGACAAUCAUAGCACUCGUCAAAUUAGUAGGGUACGAAGCAAGGUUGUGCUGGAUCACCAUUCGAGACCGUUACGACUUUAGCGAACGGGAGUAACAUGAUUGUGAAGACUGAUACUACACUGUUCUACCGAAUGUUGUUCGCUACGAAUGGACCGCAAAAUACUAAAGAAUACUGUUAGUUCUUGUAUAGUAAACUAGUCGUACACCGUACUGAUGCUUUUGUUUGUUAUCAAGAUUUAUACGUUCUAGUAUGAAGAAUUGCUCAAAAAAUGCAAGUUGCCCUGAACAGUCCUUCAAGAGCGCAACCUUAAAUUAUUAUUACUGCUUUCUUCACGUAAAAAUAUUAGCUGCAGACGAGUCUGAGCUAUCAACUGAUUCUAUCAGUCGAGUUUUGCGGAUAUCAACGCAGCUCAAAGGUCGAGUUUAAGCAGAUUAAGUGACUAAGCAUAACGAAGAUCAUUUUUAAAAUAAUCGUUUUGCAAGCGCCUAAUUCACCUGAAUAUGUCAAGGUACUGCACGACUUACAGCUUGCAUGAUGUGCAAUACAGCAAAACUUGAAGAAGUGUUUACGGGACGAUGUUUUUUAUGUCGCGAGGGAAAUAGGAGCAAACGCGUCACAUGCGCAUGUCCAGAUUGUAGAUUGAAAAGCUUCAGCAGCAGGCCCUUUCACUAUAUCGCCUUCAAAGUUUGUAAUUCACAACACCGCACACGUCAUAGUUUAGUCGAAAACUGCGACCUUCUUCUAGCACAGAAAUCAUGCAUAUUCCCGCCUCAGCGAUAGCCUCGUAAAAUGUAAUAGUUGUCCCGGUUCCACAUCGUAUUGUUGCCUGCUUGCGAUAAGAAUCGUCCAGAAUUCCUUGUUGGCGCAGUGAUUUAAAGCAAAACAGUGAGUCACGCGAUGCAACCAUAGACCCAAUUAAGAGACAUCUGCAGACCUUAUUUAACCCCGCACCGCAAAACUGAUUAUAUUACGUAGAGCGCGACAGCUACGACGUGUUUGUACUUUUUUAUAUCAAAUGACAUGUGACGUGCGUGGUAGUUUGCGUAGAGACGGGCCAGUGACGCAAGGCUAGCGACCGGAUCUCAGAACAUAAUUUAUCGAGUUAUCAUCCUAUAACACUCAACAGAAUCUGUCUAGUGGAUACACACUGAAUUCGCCAGUUCGGACACCCCUUAUCUCAUAGAGUCGCAACUUGACAUAUAUUGUGGACGUUUUCCUCAGCCUAUAUCGCCCUCGUUCAUGUAACCGGCGGCAAAGGUUGGGAAAACGAGUGAUAGGUAUAAAUUGCGUGCUACCUUGCACUCUGCACUGGCGCUGUCAUUCUUCUGCCAUAUGGAAAACUGGACGAUCUGUCGAUGGUGGCAGUCGCUGUCGUCAACUGUUUAUUACUUCUAAACCUACUGCAAUUCGCGCACGUCCUUCACUAUUCAA